AUGCCCUUUAUUGCUGUUCAUGCUGGUGCUGGAAAGUUCAAUGAAGAAGAUGUCAAAGAAUUGAAGAGUGUCUGCAGACUAGCUUGUGAUAAAGCUAUGGUGAAGUUAAAAGAUGGUUGUGAUGUUAAUGAAGCUAUUACUGUAGCUCUUAGUGUACUGGAGGAUUCUCCAUUAACUAAUUGUGGUACUGGCUCAUGUCUAACUUAUAAAGGAACUGUUGAAUGUGAUGCUAGUAUAAUGAAUGGGAAAGGAGACUUUGCUUCUGUUGGAGCUGUUUCUGGUGUCAAGAAUCCAAUAGUGUUAGCUCAUCAGUUGUUAUUAAACCAGUCAAAAGGAUUAAUGUCAUUAGGUCGUAUUCCACCAAUGUGUGUGUGUGGUGAUGGAGCACAUCAAUGGGCUAUCGAGAAUGGAGUACCCGUUUGUAAUCCUGAUGAUCUAAUUACUGAGGAAGCAAAAGAGGUAUAUUUGGAUCAUAUUGAGAGAUUGAGAAGAGAAGAUGCAAAGGAAGGAAGUGAGCAAUGUGCUGCUAAAAGAAGAAAAGUCAAUGAUAGCCAAAGUAAACUGGAUACAGUUGGUGCUGUUUGUAUUGAUGGUAAUGGAUUGAUAGGAGCUGGUGUAUCUAGUGGAGGAAUAUCAUUGAAACACACUGGAAGAAUAGGACAAGCUGGUGUGUAUGGAUGUGGUUGUUGGGCCAAGAGACACAGUGACUCAUCACAGAUAGCAUCCAGUGCAUCAGGUGUAGGAGAAUACCUCAUUAAGACUCAAUUAGCAAAAGAGAUUACCACUUCACUUGUAGGUCAGUCAGUGACUAUACAGGCUGCCUUCCAUCAGACAUUUCUUGGUUUGUAA